AUGCCGUACGUCGCUAAACAAGCUAAUAGGAAGAGAGUAAUCAUCGUGGGGUCCGGCUGGGCUGGGGCCACAUUGUCUACAGCCCUCGAUGAACGUAAAUUCAAGGUUACCGUAAUUUCACCCGAGGAGACAACUCCUUACACCCCUCUGUUAGCCAGUGCCGCCUGUGGGCUUUACGAUUUUAGUCUUGUCGAAGCACCUAUCCGCCAUCAAAACAAGGACAUCAGAUACAUCAAGGCCAGUGUUGACGAUGUGGAUUUUGACAAGAAAGUGUGCAAAUGCAAGCCCGCUUUUGACGAGCUUCCGAAGACAUCACCUGGGGAAUUUGAUCUGUCAUAUGACUACCUAAUCUUAGCACCUGGUUGCACGAACAACACCUUUGGCACCCCGGGUGUCAAGGAACAUGCCAUGUUUGUUCGUACUGCACGGGAUGCCAAAGCUAUUCAAGCUCAAAUUCGCGACUGUUUUGAGAGGGCCUCUAUUCCCGGCUUGACAGGCCAAGAAAUACGAGACAUAUUGCACUUUGUUAUUGUGGGCGCCGGUCCGACUGGUGUUGAAAUUUCCAGUGAACUAUCCGAUCUAUUCCACGAGGAUUUUGCACGCUUGUAUCCGCACAUAAAAAAGCACGUCCGUAUCUCAAUCCAUGAUGUUGCGCCAAAUGUUUUGGGCGGAUUCGACCAACAUCUGCAGGAGUAUGCCAUGAACAGUUUUGACAGGCGCGAUGUUGAGGUCCUCACCGAGAGCCAUAUUGAGAAGGUCGACGAUGGAGCGAUUUACACUCGAGAACUUGGAAGAAUCCCUUGCAACACGGUCAUAUGGGCUACGGGUAACGGAGCAACGUCUUUGGUGGAUCGCUUAAGAUGCCAAAAGUCAGAAAAGGGCCUUCCACGGUUGCUGACGGAUGAAUUCUUACGACUUAAGGGCGAAAAUAGAGAGCCUGUCCCUGACGUCUAUGCCCUCGGUGACGCGGCUGAUGUGGAUGGCGCCAGUCUGCCCACGACGGCCGAGGUCGCAUGCCAAAAGGCAAACUGGCUGGGAACUGCUUUGAACAAGGACUUCGAACAGGGCAAAGUGAGCCAUUUUCAAUACCGACAGGCUGCUGUUGUGGCCUAUCUGGGGCACAGUGAUGGCGUGAUCGCGGGGAAGAGUGAUUAUACCGGCGCUGAGGCUUGGGUUGCAUGGAGAAGUAAAAACUUCCUCUGGACGAGAACAUGGAGGCAAAGGGUAUUGGUAGUUGUGAGCUGGGUUCUCGAUCGACUGACGGGGAGGACUAUUGCUCCGAGGUAA